UUAAAGCAUUAUUAUUGGGCUGCCCGUCAUCACAAAUGCAGGAAAUCCCACGAGUCCAAAUUCCCACACACAGGAGGGAGAGAGGGAGGGAGAGAGAGAGAGAAUAGGUUUGAUCUCCUACCCCCAACCUCCAACUUUAUUGCAUACUCCUACAAUUUUCCUUGCACACGUAGUACUGUAUUUUAUUAGGUGAACAGCUUCAACUUAGAAAACAGAGAAUUGAGAAAGUUUCAGAGCAAAACUAUGAUCAAACCCUUAAAUACCAGAAUUGUAUUUAAAUCCCAUGUGUCGAAAUCAUCAUCUAUUUGAUAAUCAUGAUGGAAGAGGUACCUGGGUCAGUGGGAACCAGCGCCAGCUUUGGUCUGAGGUUGGGGCAAACACUCUUCUCUUCUGCUUCUCUUCUUUUCAUGUCUAUGGGUGUUGAGUUCUACAGCUACACUCCCUUCUGCUUCUUGGUGACGAUAAUGGGUUUAGUUAUCCCAUGGAGCUUCACUCAUGCACUGAUUGACGGAUAUUCUGUACUGGUUAAGUGCCCUCUUCGUCAGCCCGGAAUACUGGUGAUUAUUGUAGUUGGAGAUUGGGUGUUGUCGGUUCUGACACUAGCAGCCGCCUGCUCAACGGCUAGUGUGGCCGAACUUAUGUUCACGACCGACGGGUCGGACUGCCCUCCGAAUCUUUGCAGCAGAUAUUUGAUAUCUGCUGCUAUGGCCUUCUUGUCUUGGUUUCUUUCAUUGGGUUCUUGCCUUUUCAACCUUUGGUUACUUCCUUCCUUGUAAGAUUCAUUGCUGCUGUCUGUUAUCUAUUGCUUUUUCUGUGCUGUUCUCUCGAUUCUGUACAUACAUAUUGAUCAAAAUUUUGACAGAAGGAAUCAUUUUUACAAAAUAAAGUUUCGAAUGGAUAGAGUUUCGGCGUAGAUGUGAAACUUCACCUGAAAUAUUGCCACUUUGGAGAAAAAUGGGCAUGAUGUAAUGCAAGUGUUGCCAUACAUGUUCUGUCUUCAA